CAGCUCAGCCGGAACACGAUGAGGGGCGCUCGCUACAUGGCGCUGGUCUGCGUAUGUCCGUUGGUCGUUCACCUGGCCAAAGCCUCUAUGAGCAGAGAUGACCCGGAGUAUCCUCUCACGUCCCACGAGCGCGGCGUCUCCAACCUGUCACACCUCGGGCAACAUGACUUCAACGCUUCCUCCAGGCUGAGGAUCUUCUCCAUGGACUACGACUACGUUCGCACGCCAUUCGAGAUCACGCUGUGGAUAAUGUUAGCCUCGUUGGCUAAAAUAGGUUUCCAUCUUUCUCACAAGCUUCCUUCGGUGGUACCGGAGAGCUGCGUCUUAAUAAGUGUGGGUCUUGUCAUGGGAGGAAUAAUGUACGGCAUGAAGGACCAAUAUAAACCAGUCAUGAGCAGUAAAGACUUCUUCUUGUACUUGCUGCCUCCCAUAGUCCUGGAUGCUGGAUAUUUCAUGCCGAGUCGGCCUUUCUUUGAGAACAUUGUGCCCAUCCUUUGGUACGCCAUUGUGGGAACGAUCUGGAACGUCUUUGGCAUUGGCUUCUCUCUGUACGGAAUUUGCCAGGUGAAGGCCUUUGGUCUGAGGAGCAUUUCUCUUCUUCACAAUCUCUGGUUCGGAAGUCUGAUUGCGGCAGUGGAUCCGGUGGCCGUCCUGUCCGUCUUUGAAGAGAUCCAUGUGAACGAAAAGCUGUACAUCCUGGUGUUUGGAGAAUCUCUUCUCAAUGAUGCUGUUACCGUCGUGCUGUAUAAGUUGUUUGAGGACUUUGAUGAAAUGACAGACAUUCAGUUGGUGGACAUUUUCUCUGGCAUCGGGAAAGUCUUUGUGGUAGGCAUCGGAGGAGUUUUGGUGGGCCUUGCGUAUGGGUUUGUGGCUGCCUUAACAACGCGUUUCACAGAAAAUAUCCGAGUUAUCGAGCCGCUGUUUGUGUUCUUGUACAGUUACCUCAGCUACCUCACAGCCGAGAUGUUUCAUCUUUCCGGAAUUGUGGCAAUAAUUGCCUGCUCCAUGAGCAUGAAACGCUACGUGGAGGCCAAUAUAUCCCAGAAAUCCUACAUCACCGUGAAAUAUUUUAUGAAAAUGUGGAGCAGUGUCAGCGAAACGCUGAUUUUUCUGUUCCUUGGGGUUUCUACCAUCGGAGACAAUCACGAGUGGAACUGGCCCUUCAUCUUUCUGACCAUUAUAUUCUGUCUUUUUUGGAGAGCAUCAGGAGUUGUUGUGCUGACAAGUAUAUUAAACAAGUUCUGCGUAAACUCAAUCACCAGAAAGGACCAGUUUAUUAUCGCAUACGGGGGUCUCCGAGGGGCCAUCUGCUUCUCACUUGUGUUUUUGAUACCAGAAUUUCCCAAAAAGAGACUUUUUAUAGCUGCAACGACAGUGGUUAUCCUCUUCACGGUGUUUGUCCAGGGAAUGACAAUCCGGCCGUUGGUGGAGCUGUUGGAAGUCAAAAGGAGCAACAAAAGUGUCUCGACUGUGAGCGAACAGGUCCAUAUCAGGUUUCUGGAUCAUCUAGUUGCUGGUAUAGAAGAUGUUUGUGGCCACUGGGGACAAUAUUACUGGAAAGACAAAUUUGAGUAUUUCAACAAUAAAUAUCUGAACAAGAUUCUACUGAAAGACCAUCAGCCAAAGUCAAGCAUUGUGUUACUUUAUGAAAAACUAGAGAAGAAACACGCCAUAGAGUUAGCGGAAGCGGGGCACUUAGUCAAUGUGUCGACAACAUCGGCCCUGCCUAAUAAACGCAGAUCCUCAUCUGCCAAGAGCCCAAUUCUUCCUCAGCAGAUGGAUGACAUACAGCGAAUAUUAUCAAGGAAUUUGUACCGAAUAAGAAAAACGACCCCUGCAUACAGCCGACAUACUCUGUCGGCGGACACGGGGGCAGAACAGGCCAAGGAGAUCCUGAUUCGGCGUCACCAGAGUCUGCGCAUGAGUCUGAGCAAAUAUGAGCAUCCUUAUGGGAAACAAAUUGGAUCUCAGAAUAAACCCAAGCUAUUCCGCUCAAUGACCGUCGGAGGUCCGGAAACCCCAGUCAAUUAUAACAGAAGAAAGUCUAUUUGCUCCGAGUUGCCCCUCGACAUUGACAAUGACUCUAUUAAAGAAGAAGAAGAAGAUAAUUUAUAGAAAUUAGAGGCCACAUGAACAAGCGAAAGUAGUUUGUGGCGAAUGUUUAGUACGUAGCUUGAUUUUUAUGGCCAUUUGGUUCACAUGAAUUAAGGCCCCAUGAC